AUGCCCCCAUUAUCAAAGCCAAGGGGAAAAAACGGGCCACUAUACAUGCUAGCGAAAAGGAAGCCAAGACAGCUGAAAAGCUUGCCUCUGGCAAACCUGAAAGGCGCGAAUUCCAGUCCUGACGUAGGUGUGCCCAAGAUGUCGCCCAGGACAAACUUCAUGAUUCAGUGGUCGAGAUUCAUGAUUCUGAUGAAUCAUCUUCAAAAACCGACAGUGAACUACUGGAACCAUGGAGACAAUGUCCACAGUGAUCAAGAAAAGACUAACUCUUUUGAAGAAAAAGGACGUGAAGAUGAACCACUAGAGGGUGAUGAAUCAUUGAAGGUUGCGCCAUAG